AGAUUGGUUAACUUGAUUAUCGGUUGCAGCCGUUUCACGUCACAUGGUCACUGCAACAUGGCUGCUACCAUAGAGUGUGGAGCUGUUACAAAUACUUCAGAAAACAACAUGUCCCUAAAGAAAGCUCUGUCUGUUGCUUCUCCCCUCAGUCUGCGAAUCGUUGCUGAAUGCCCAGUGACAAAAGCAAGAGCUUGUGAUCUAACACUGCCACACUGCGCCGUCAGCACCCCGGUUUUCAUGCCUGUCGGUACACAAGGGACUAUGAAGGGAAUCACUGUAGAUCAGCUGGAGGGUCUUGGAUGUCAGAUUUGUCUUGGAAACACAUACCACCUGGGCAUGAGACCGGGGCCCGAUUUGAUCGAGAAAGCCAAUGGUUUACAUGGGUUCAUGAACUGGAAGAGAAAUCUUUUAACUGACAGCGGGGGAUUUCAGAUGGUGUCUCUUGUUGAACUCUCGGAGGUUACAGAGCAAGGGGUAAAGUUCAAGUCCCCCUAUGAUGGCAAAGAGAUCCUCCUAAGUCCUGAGAAAUCCAUCAGCAUACAGAACAGUCUGGGGUCAGACAUCAUGAUGCAGCUGGAUGAUGUGGUUAGCAGUACCGUGACAGGACCACGGGUGGAGGAGGCAAUGCACAGAUCCAUUCGCUGGCUGGACCGCUGCAUAGCAGCCAAUAAAAAUCCAGACAAACAGAACCUUUUUGCCAUCAUCCAGGGAGGGCUCAAUGCAAAGCUGCGCAAGGCCUGUCUAGAUGAAAUGACUCAACGUGAUGUUCCCGGUUUUGCCAUUGGAGGCCUGAGUGGAGGAGAGGAGAAGGAUGACUUCUGGCGGAUGGUCACACUGAGCACUGACCACCUGCCACGAGAAAAGCCUCGAUAUCUCAUGGGUGUGGGUUAUGCCGUGGAUUUGGUGGUGUGUGUAGCUCUGGGAUGUGAUAUGUUUGACUGCGUGUUCCCCACCCGCACUGCAAGGUUUGGCUCUGCCUUGGUGCCUUGGGGAUCUCUCCAGGUAAAACAUAAGCAAUAUGCCAAAGACUUCCAGCCCAUAGACCCAGACUGCCAGUGUCCUACCUGCAAGAGACAUAGUCGGGCUUACCUCCAUGCUCUGUUCAAGAGUGACACUUCAGCCAUGCAUCACAUCACAAUCCACAACAUUGCCUACCAGCUCACCCUGAUGCGCUCUGUGAGACAGAGCAUUGUGGAAGGCCGCUUCCCUGAGUUUAUACGGACGUUCAUGAAGCAGAUGUUUCCCUCUCGUGACCGGUACCCCAGCUGGGCUGUGGAGGCUCUCGCCUCCGUCAACGUUACACUGGAAUAGAACUCGGAAGGCAACUGUUGUACUCUAAAUGGGGAUAAAUGUCAAACAGUGACUGAAAGAUUUCAUAUCUUUUAAAUGACUUCUUUUUUGUGGAUGAUUGUUUUCUACUCUUUGUUUAUAUUUGUCUACGCAUUGCCAGUUUUGAAAAUGACUUUUGUUCUGAAGGGAUAAAGCCUGAUUGUCUUUUGCAACAACCUGCUUUACUCAGCCUCUGCAAAUUGUCCUCAGAAUACACAUUAUGAUAAUGUGAGACUGAAUGGGGUUUAAAUGAGGUUUGAAACACAUGAACUAUCUCUUCUGAUAUGCAACGACACUUUUUGUUGUUACCAUGGCUACACAGCUAGGCCCACCCACUUGAAAUGGAUGCCUUCCUGUCAACGUCUUAGUAAUUUUUUGUUCCUGAGUGCAUUACAGAGGUAUUUCAUUUUUUUCAGAGGUACAGUAUUAAUAAAUGUAUAUGUAUUCUGGUGUUUUAACCUACAUCCUAACAGACUAGUAGUUGUCAGCUAACUGCUUGAACAGAUAAAUGAAUCUAGCUACA